CGUAAAGACAGACAACCAACGCAGCAUCAUUUGGUUUGUUCUUUCUGAAAUUCAGCCAUCUUGGAAAUGGCGACGCUGCCUUCUCCUCCUCCCUCGGCCUCCAAUUCCGCUAACUCCGCCGCUCACUCCCCUUCUCUCUCCACCGCCCCUUCUACCAACCAGGCCGAAAUUGCUGAGAGCAACGGGGUUUUCCAUGGCGACGAAAAGCCCGAUUUAGCUGAUGGUCUCAAUGAUCUGGAUAGCACACACUACAUUGAAAGGUUUAAAAAAUAUGAGGCUGAUUACACCCGUCGCCUGAUAGCCAAGUAUUUCUCUGGAAAAACCCCAAAUGGAGGCAGCAUAUUUGAUGAGCAAGUUACAAUAGAUGAUGAAGUUAUAAAGCCAAGCAGGUUGCCUUGUUUCCAUUCAUAUGCGAACCCCAUUGUAGGUUUUGAAGAGCAAUGCAGCAAUGGAUCAACUCCUGCAGUAGAAACGCCUCCUAAUAUAUCAAAUGGGAAACACAUUAUGAAGAACAGUUGAUCGCGCAUUUGCAUGUAUAAACACCCGAGAGUAUGGCUUCAUUAAAAUCCCAGAGCCGAUGACAGAAUGGUUAUCAGGGAUUUGAUGAGACUGACUGACAUGGUGCUAUCUUGUGUAGAGGGUUCCUGAUUCAUACAAUUCAAUAUACUGAUAACAGAGCAGCGGAACUGCAUUGAAAUUAUGAUAUGAUGGGUUUGUUAUGCUGUGUUAAUCCAUUUGCAAGUCAUAUGUAGUCUAUUUUAGUGUAUGAAGACCUGUAGAAUUGCGGAUCUCAAUGCAUAUGGGCACAAAUGAAAUAUUUUGAUUGAAAGAUUAGAACAACCAAUCUCGGGGAAUUGAA